UUUUUAUUUAUUUAUAUAUCUUUCCGUAGAAAUCUCUUCAAACAGAAAGAGAAGAAGUAAUUCACAAACCCCCCUGGGAUUCCUCUCUUCUUUUCUCAUUUCUCAUUUCUCAAUCUAACUUCCAAACUUUCAAUUCAAGGAAUAUUUCUUUCAAGGUUAGAUUAAGAGCAGUGAAGCAUAAGCUGAUGGCUAACAUGGAUGGAAAAUCACUCCGGAAUGCUAAGAAAUUCAUUCCGAUACCACCUCCUUCGCCUCGAUCAGCAGCAACCGGUUAUCCUUGCGAGUAUGCGGCGAUGAAUAAUUUAUCACCGAGAGGGCGAAGCAGCUGUGUCUCUUCUGCAACAAGAGAUCUGUGGGAGCGUCUUUUCAAUGAAGGGUAUAAAGCCGAUGUUUGCAUUAAUACUGAUAACGGUGGCAUUAUUUAUGCUCAUUCUAACAUUAUUGCGGUGGCUUCUCCUGUAUUGAAAGGCAUGCUGAAGCAAGCAAAUCGUUCCAAUCGGUGGCGAUCGAUCUCAAUCUUUGGGGUUCCACAUGAUGCAGUACGAGUUUUUAUUCGAUAUUUGUACUCUUCCUGUUACGAGAAAGAAGAAAUGAAGGAAUUUGUCCUACAUUUGUUGGUGCUGUCUCAUGUAUAUGCGGUCCCUCACUUGAAACGAGAAUGUGAACAGAAGCUAGAAUUGGGUUUACUCACAAUGGAUAAUCUAGUUGAUGUAUUUCAACUUGCAUUACUGUGUGAUGCUCCGCGGCUCAGUCUCAUUUGUCACCGUAAAAUACUAAAAAACUUCAGAACUGUUUCGGAGUCAGAAGGAUGGAAAGCAAUGAAGCAGAGUCACCCGGUUCUAGAAAAGGAAAUUCUGGAAUCAAUGAUUGAUGAAGAAAAUAGUAAGAAGGAGAGGAUCAGAAAAAUGAAUGAAAGAGAGGUCUAUUUGCAAUUAUAUGAUGCAAUGGAAGCUCUUGUUCAUAUAUGUAGAGAUGGUUGUCGAACUAUUGGCCCGCAUGAUAAAGACUUCAAAGCAAACCAGCCGUGUAGGUAUACAUCCUGCAAAGGGCUAGAAUUGCUUGUUCGUCAUUUUGCUGGUUGCAAAUUGAGAGUCCCGGGGGGUUGUGGUCAUUGCAAAAGGAUGUGGCAACUGUUGGAGCUGCAUUCUCGACUGUGUGCUGAUCCGGAUUUCUGUAGAGUUCCUUUGUGCAGGAACUUUAAGCAGAGAAUAUCAAAACAAAGCAAGAAAGACGAAAUUAGAUGGACAAUUUUGGUUGAAAAGAUCUUGAAAACAAGAGGAAUUGGGAUUGCACCAUGCUUUCGGCCACAAUGACAAUCUUUUUCCGGGGAUAUAGAACUAUUAGAUUACAGCAGUUGAGAUAAAAACAUGAUGAAAUUGUAAAGUUUAUGUAUUAUUAUAGUAAGAAAUGGCCCUCAAGGAUGAAGUGUUGCUCCUCUCUACUUUAUUGUAAAAUAUAUGUAGCAGAGUAUCACUUUCUUCCAACAUUUAUUUAUUUUGUUCUUUCGACCGUUGCUUUUAAAUGAACUAUAUGGCCAAAUCAAUAUAUUGAAGAUUGAUUUUGGUGCUUUAUUGGAUAUUUCAAUUUUAAACAAGACAAUGAUUAUCAUUCAA